AUGGCUCCGCGAAGGGUGAUUGCGGACUCCGAUGAUGAGGACGAUGACGAGCUCAGUCCUGUCAAAUCCGUCGCGGGUGCUAUUUCGGCGGCGGGAGAUCCGCGCCUCGACAUUGAGCCGCUGAGCCCUCACCACCGGCCGGCCAGUCCCAUCGUGAGGGAGUCGUCGCUGUUGACGCUGAACGAGAGGUCGGGCUCGACAAACCCGUCCUUCUUUGCCAAUGUCUACGAGGAGCAGCAGGGCAAUGCGCUGCAGCAAUCCCAUCUCAUUGAGAGCAUUGUGCGUCUGAGCCAGAGAGCAAGCGCGAGCAGUGGAGAUAUCUCUUCGCCCGGUAAAGGCAAGGCAAAGGGCAAGAGGAGCAGCACAAAUGCGAGCAGCGCCACGGACUUGACCAGCCCAGUUCUUUUGAGCAAGAAACCGCCCCGAAGAAGUCAACUGGCUCAGAUGAGCGAUGCUACCGAGUUCACGACACCAAGGAAGAGUGCUCCAAAUGACGAGUGGGAAUUUCCCGACAGCGGUGACGAGCUUGCUGCGCCAGGCAGCAAAAACACGAAAGCAAGGCUAUCUAGGAUCAGUGGCAAGCGGAGGAGAGGGGACCCGACAACGGCACCAGAAGCCCCUAUUCGAGGAGAACUGGAGGUGGUUGAUUUGAUUGACACAUCUUCAGAGCAUGACGUAUCGAAGAGGAGGAAGGUGUCUGCAACGGCUGCGGCAGAUUCAGCCGUUCAGGAAGCUGGGACCUUCUAUGUUGCGCAGAGCAACUUGUCUACCAGCCAGAAGCAGAAAUACCGAAGGGUGCAGAUCUCGGAUGAACGCGCGAGCGAAGCAAUACCGGACUCGGGAGCACAGCAUCACUCAAAUCAAAAGUCCAGCUGUGCCACGACCAUUGCAUACUCGACGCCAAGUCGCUAUGCAUCGUCUGGUCCUAGACCACCAUGGGAACUAGAACAGCAGGAAGCGCGCGAGGAUGACCAUGAGGAUGGGUUUGCGCAUGCAGAACCCAUUGAUGAUGAAUUGUUUGAGGAACCGACCAGUGACCUGGACCCCGAAUAUGGCGAGUCUACCGAGUCGCGAAAGAAAGCAAAGACGAAACGACCAGCCACCACUCCGAAAUCUUCAGUCCCGUCAAAGGAAGCCUCUCAGCCGAAGAAGCGAGGACGGCCGAAGAAACAGCCUGUCACGGAAGAGGUGCCGCCCAUGGAGGACCCAACGGCCAACCACAGUGAUGCACUCCCUCCAACAGCACCAGUACCGAACCCAGGCCCAGAGUCGGAGCCAGUAGCAAAACCGAAAAAGAAAAGAGGUCGGCCGCGCAAGUCCGAAAUACCGAUAAAUGACGAUGUUGGAGAUCAGAUUCCAACCUUUGAGGAGCAGUCAGGGACGAAUGAGACGAAGUUAGGAGUUCCCCCUGGCAGGCAUUUGGAAGACGAGAGUACGGCAAUCGAAGAUAGUGGGAAGGAAGUAGAAGCAAAUGCAGCCACGAAACCCACCGACCAUCAAUCGAAACCCAAACAACCACCCAACCCGAAGGAAUGCGCAUUGCCCCUCAAGGAGACCGAUCGAAAUAGCAUGUUGAGGUCACAGUCAACUCUCUCAGAUUCCGACAAGUCAACUGCAACCACUUCAUUGUCGAAAUACACGCCAUCGCAGGCGGGAAAGUCAGUAUACCGAGUUGGCCUCAGCAAAAGGUCCAGGAUUGCACCGCUGCUCAAGUCUCUGAAGAAAUAA